GCUCACCCUCUUGGCGACUGCCACCUGACCCUUGAGGCCAAAUCACGUCCCGGCCACGCCCUAUUUCUCACUCCUCCUCACUCCUUCACCACUUCGUCCACUUCUACUUCCACCCGCGCCACAUCGAAGACGCACCUCCUCCCCUCUUAUUUUGCACCCCUUCUCAUGUCUUUGCCCAUUACGAUGGGGUGGCGCCAGCCCAUGGCAUCGCACACCCCCGCCUACAACCCAGUGCCAGCCCGUCAGACCCUCGUGAUGUCUGCACAACCGCUUCCUCAGCAGCAAGCAGCGCCUUCGCCAGAUGCGAAGCCGAAGAAGGCCGCCUGGCCCCCCGCUGUGCGUGCAUAUGUCCAGCGCGCAUUUGAACCCGACAAUGCCAUCGAAGGCGUUUCAAGUGCCGAGAUGGAGACAAAAUUAAAACAGACAAUCCAGUACUUCGCCGAGCUCAACUUCUUGGACCAGCUUGACUGGGCAAAUUAUCCUCUCCCACAGACGAUUGUCCAAAACGAGAGGAAAGCAGCCGCCGCCGCUGCUGUUGCUGCUGCCGCUUCCGUCGUUGGGAAUGGAUAUGGCUACGCAAACACGGCUCAAGCAAACCACGUAUUGACUUCAAAUGGAUCCGCUAACUACAUCUCAUCUUUCUCCUCCCCCAAAAGCUCCAAGAAGCGAAAGAGCUCAGAUAUGGAAGCCUUGAAUCCGGACGAUGGCACUCCUCCGCCUUGGCGAAAAACUAACAAUACUGCCUUUGAUACACGAGAGACGCACUCCAGCGGAAAGCAGGAGAAGCGUCAGAAGAAGAACGAGGCUGCAGGAGGGAACAGUAAGUUUAACCAGGCUGAUCUGGAGAAGCGUAAGCAGCGCUUCCAGACGGCAAAAUCUGGCAGUCGCUCAACCCCCCCGUGGGCGUCCUCGCGAAAUGACUCUGACUCAGAGCCACCGCUACCUGCCGGACCCGUUGUUGGAACGAACAUGACCCUCGAGAAAAGCUACUUCCGCCUGACAGCACCCCCCAAACCAGAGACUGUUCGCCCGCAGCAUGUGCUUGAGAAGACCCUGGAACUGCUCAAGAAGAAGUGGCGUGAAGAGAAAAACUACAAUUACACCUGCAACCAGUUCAAGUCGCUGCGUCAGGACCUGACAGUUCAGCACAUCAAAAAUGCCUUCACCGUCAGUGUCUACGAAAUUCAUGCUCGGAUAGCUUUGGAGAAGGGGGACUUGGGUGAGUAUAACCAGUGUCAGACGCAGCUACGGGCGCUCUACGCGCAAAAGCUUGGAGGACACCCUGGCGAGUUUACAGCAUACCGCAUCCUCUAUUUCGUGUAUACGUGCAACAAAACCGACAUGAACGACUUGUUGGCAGAGUUAACCCCAGCAGACAAAAUCCGACCAGAAGUGAAGCAUGCCCUUGAUGUCCGCUCUGCGCUAGCCCUUGGCAACUACCAUAGGUUCUUCAGACUGUAUCUUUCGGCGCCGCAUAUGGGAGGCUACCUGAUGGACUUGUUCAUCAAGCGUGAGCGUCUCCAUGCUCUCGCUAAUAUAUCCAAAGCAUACAUAAGCGUGAUGCUUCGCUUUCUCACGGACGAAUUGGGCUUCGACUCCGACGGGGAAACUCAGGAGUUUCUCGCCACCUGCGGCGCCCAAGACCUGGUCGAAGAGAAAGUCACUGAAAAGGGAACGCAAGUUCGUGUGAUUCUCAGGGGAACCGCAGCAGCGAGCAUCUUCGAACAUCAUCGUGCUGCUGCCUUUAAAACCGUAGACAUCAAAGGACAGAUAUAGGUCACGGUACGAUCGUAGACAUAGCUUCUUCGAAUGACUCCCCCGACCUCCAACCUUCUUUCUCUUUUGAUAUUCUUAUAUCCCGUACGAACGUGUACAAUUUUCUCAAAAAGUUUCUUGCGAUAUCCUGCGCCACCUUUCCUACGUCAUCUCGGCAUUCGUCCGCCUAGAAGUAAUUUCAAACACCCUUACCCGGUGUCAAUUGCUUCGUUUCUUCGAUUCAACCGACCGGAUGGCGGGGUUCCCGCUUUAUGCGAUGUUGGGUGGAAAGUUCUAGUUCGUGGGUCUUCAUACG